UAAGAACAAGAUACUAUGAACAAGUAUUUGGUAUCUAAUCCCAUUGUUCCAACUUCCAUAGUAGCCUCUAUAUGAACUGCUUUAUAUUGGAGUUAGUUUUUCAAGGCAUAGAAGAACAUAGGCAUUGAUGACUAUGGGGACUAGCAUAGGCACUUACAAGAGGUUCAAGCCUCACAUCCUUAUGGUUUUGGCUCAGUUUGCUUACGCUUUUUUAUACUUCAUAACUGAAGCUUGCUUCAAACAUGGAAUGAACCCUCAUGUCUACAUAACUUAUCGGAAUAUUGUUGCCGGUUUUACCAUGCUACCCUUUGCCUAUUUUCUUGAAAGAAAGACAAGGCCAAAGUUAACUAUAGCUUUGAUGUUGGAGAUAUUUGUACUCUCUCUAAUGGGAGUGAGUUUGACACUAAACAUGUACUAUGUGUGCUUGAACUACACCUCUCCAACUCUUCUUGCCUCAAUGGUCAACACUAUAGCUGCCAUAACAUUUAUACUAGCAGUCAUUCUAAGGUUGGAAGAUGCUAACAUUCGAGAUCCUAGAGGAAUAGCAAAAAUCAUAGGAACCUUGGUUUCCUUGGCUGGGAUUAUGAGCAUGACAUUAUACAAAGGACCUGUUGUGAAAAGCUUUGGGCAUCCUCUCAUCUACAUCCCCAGUGGGAAUGGUAUUGUCCACGAGAACUGGUUGAAAGGCUCGAUUCUCACUGCUGCUAGCUGCAUAACAUGGUCAAUAUCGUACAUCAUGCAGGCUUACACUUUGAAAAGAUACCCAGCACAACUGUCACUGACUACAUGGAUGAGUUUCGUUGGUGCAGCACAAUCGGCUUUCUACACAGUAAUUGUACAACACAAACGAACAGCUUGGACCAUGGGUUUCAACAUUGAUUUCUGGUCUACCAUGUAUGGGGGCAUAGUGAUCUCUGGUUUAGUAGUGUACAUACAACUCUGGUGCACUGAGCAAAAGGGACCAGUGUUUGUAACUGUGUUCAACCCACUCACAACCAUCCUAGUCGCUGUUUUAGCAUAUUUCGUCCUGGGUGAAAAGCUCUACGCAGGCAGCAUCAUUGGAGCAAUAAUUGUCAUUAUUGGACUGUACUUGCUUUUGUGGGGGAAAGAAGAUCAACAACCAGAAAUGAAUGAGAAAGAUGAAUGCCGCACAACUGAUGAAGUGCAUCAAGAAGACCCUAGGAUGCAGAAAUUCACAUCGGAUGCAGACAAAUUCAAUGCAGCAUUGAUGACUAUGGGGACUAGUAUAGGCACUUACAAGAGGUUCAAGCCUCACAUCCUUAUGGUUUUGGCUCAGUUUGCUUACGCUUUUUUAUACUUCAUAACUGAAGCUUCCUUCAAACAUGGAAUGAACCCUCAUGUCAACAUAACUUAUCGGAAUAUUGUUGCCGGUUUUACCAUGCUACCCUUUGCCUAUUUUCUUGAAAGAAAGACAAGGCCAAAGUUAACUAUAGCUUUGAUGUUGGAGAUAUUUGUACUCUCUCUAAUGGGAGUGAGUUUGACACUAAACAUGUACUAUGUGUGCUUGAACUACACCUCUCCAACUCUUCUUGCCUCAAUGGUCAACACUAUAGCUGCCAUAACAUUUAUACUAGCAGUCAUUCUAAGGUUGGAAGAUGCUAACAUUCGAGAUCCUAGAGGAAUAGCAAAAAUCUUAGGAACCUUGCUUUCUUUGGCUGGGAUUAUGAGCAUGACAUUAUACAAAGGACCUGUUGUGAAAAGCUUUGGGCAUCCUCUCAUCUACAUCCCCAGUGGGAAUGGUAUUGUCCACGAAAACUGGUUGAAAGGCUCGAUUCUCACUGCUGCUAGCUGCAUAACAUGGUCAAUAUCGUACAUCAUGCAGGCUUACACUUUGAAAAGAUACCCAGCACAACUGUCACUGACUACAUGGAUGAGUUUUGUUGGUGCGGCACAAUCGGCUUUCUACACAGUAAUUGUACAACACAAACGAACAGCUUGGACCAUGGGUUUCAACAUUGAUUUCUGGUCUACCAUGUAUGGGGGCAUAGUGAUCUCUGGUUUAGUAGUGUACAUACAACUCUGGUGCACUGAGCAAAAGGGACCAGUGUUUGUAACUGUGUUCAACCCACUCGCAACCAUACUAGUCGCUGUUCUAGCAUAUUUUGUCCUGGGUGAAAAGCUCUACGCAGGCAGCAUUAUUGGAGCAAUAAUUGUCAUUAUUGGACUGUACUUGCUUUUGUGGGGGAAAGAAGAUCAACAACCAGAAAUGAAUGAGAAAGAUAAAUGCCGCACAACUGAUGAAGUGCAUCAAGAAGACCCUAGGAUGCAGAAAUUCACAUCGGAUGCAGACAAAUUUAAUGCAGCACCUUAAUAGUCUGUGCCCCUUUAUGUGGUGAGAAACAGGAUGACCUCCAUACCUAAUCUGAAGUAGUAUGCUAGAAGUGAAAAAUAAAAUAAUAGACAAAUCCUAGUCUACUUGUUGCAGUUUGUCUCUAGAACUGUAGGUUAAUUUCACAAUGUUUAGCUGCAGUGCACAGGUGUCUACAAGACCUAACUUCAAGGUAGAAUAGAUAAUGUAGGACUGAAAAAAGCUAAGGAAGUACACACCAGAAUAAGUUGCUAUUUUUUAGCUGUUUAGCUGUUUCUCUCUUUCCUAGUUUGUUUAGAAGUCUGUUAGCCAUUUUUUAGUUUAGUUCCUUAUUUUCAGCAAGCAGUAAAGUACUCUACUGUUAUUUAGUUAAGCUAUGAUCUAUAUAAUCAGUUCCUUAUGAUCAAUAAAAUAUCGAUCUUUCAACUUA